UGCGUUUGGCAUAAAAAUCGAGUUAUUAACGAAUAUGAAGCGCAAUUAAACACGAUCAGCCGAAAAGUUUCAAGGUUUUUUCCGCCGAUGGCGCUGCAGUUUGCGACGAUGGCUCCACCAACCGUUCGUUUUCAUUCUAUGUUUGGCUAGAAGAGGUGCUACACAUACCGAUGCUUUAGAUGGCCGGUUUUCUAAGCCGGAGUUACGCGCGAUAUUUCGACGGUAUUUGAUGAUGUACAAGGAUAAGUGUCACCUCCCACGUACAAAACCUAUAAGAUGACUCAAUCUGCUCGGUUAUAUACAGAUCCACAUUCUGUACGUGCGACAGUUGUGACACUGGGGUUGCCGGUUCUCACUACCAUCGCCUAUAUUUAGAGAAAAGACAUGAAAGCCCGAUCUGUCGUUGACAUAACAUUGUUUCUUCUAUUGCUGGAGCUGAUAUUUUUAUUGGAAAAAUUGACGACCACCUUUUGAUGAAUGACGUUCUUUCUGCUCAGACCGUAGGUUGCGAUGGUGUUGUGGGAUCAGGCAAGAAAUUCGAUCAGUGUGGCGUUUGCGGAGGUGAUAACAGUACUUGCAGGAUCGUAUCUGGCUUAUACACGAGACCCACUUUGCCAGUUGGUUAUAACUUAAUUGCCAAAAUACCAUCUGGAGCUUGUAAUGUUAAUAUUACAGAACUGAAAAAAAGUAAUAAUUACUUAGCGCUACGAACUGCCAGCGGAAAUUACAUCAUUAACGGAAACUGGGCAAUAAAAUGGUCCGGGAAUUACGAAGCCGUCGGAACAACUUUCACAUACAUCCGCCACGAUUCUCAAAACAAUCAAUUAGGCGAAUCAAUCACUGCCAAAGGACCUACUAACGAGGAGAUCGAUCUUCUGAUAAUUUAUCAGCAGCCUAAUUCGGGAAUAAAAUAUGAAUAUUCUUUACCAAUACAAGAACGAUCUAUGAAAUUUCCCGAUAACAAUUUUCAACUUGCCUUUCGUGAUGGUCCUCAAACUUCGCCUCGUCGUAAUUAUAAAGAUAUAUUAACAAACCCUAAAAAUCAUCGGCCCGAUCCCAUUAAUUCCAUUUUAGACAAUAACCAAGUUGUUGAUCCCACGUAUAGAAAUAAGAUAAAAAUUCCUCACCCCAUUAAUACCAUUGAUAGAAAUUAUCGUAGAUUCGAAUCGAAAAAUACUUAUCGAUGGAAAUUAGCGGGAUUAUCUGAAUGUACCCAAUCUUGUGGGGGAGGUACUCAGCGAACAAUAGUGUCUUGUGUGAAGCAAAACACGUUGAGUGUGGUACCCGAUGAUGAUUGCGAAUCAGGGGAUAAGCCAGAAAUUCAAAUAGUUCGUUGCAAUACUCAACCGUGCCCAGCUGUAUGGGUGCCCGGAGAAUGGGAAAGUUGCAGCGCUACAUGCGGAGAAGGAAUCCAACGAAGAAAACUAUUAUGUAAACAAGAAGUAUCGCCAACGUUGAAUAUUAAUGUAGCAGAAGGAGCUUGUCACGGUCAGGAGAGAUUACCAUCCGUUAGAAAGUGUUUUAUUAAACCAUGUGUUCAUUGGAAAAUUGGUGAAUGGGGAAGAUGUUCAGCAGAAUGCGGGAAAGGAAUGAGAAAAAGGGAAGUUACUUGCAUAACCGAUGAUGAGAGAGUAACGCUGGAAAAUGAAUGUACGGAACUUAAACCAGAAACUGAAGAGAUGUGUGAUAUGGGACCUUGCAUAAACACUUGGUUUUUCUCAGAAUGGACGCAGAAGUGUUCGGUGGAAUGUGGAAAAGGCCACUUAUUCAGGAAAGUAAUUUGUCUUCAUGGAAGUGGAAAAUCAACCGCAGAUGGAGCAUGUGAUUUAACUAAUCGUCCGGAAUCUCAGAAAUCUUGUAUUAACGAGAAAGGUUGUGGAGGAAAAUGGUUUGUCGGCCCUUGGAGUCAGUGUUCCGUCACUUGUGGUAAUGGAACUCAGAGCCGCGUAGUCUUAUGUUUGUCUUCGGAACAAGAUACUUGGAAAAUCAUUCCAGAUAUUCAUUGUGAUUCUUUGAACAAACCAAAGACAGAGCAGCCCUGUCAGAUCCAAUUAUGUACAGAUGAAUGGUACACUAGUGAAUGGACAGAGUGCUCUAAACCUUGUGACACGGGAGUACAGACGAGAGAAAUAACGUGCAUCAAUAACGAACAAUGUGUCAGUAUGAAUUGCGAAGAAAAAAAUAAACCGCCAAUUCGACAAGCAUGCAACACAAAUGAAUGUCCCGAAGUCAAACAAGGUAGGAUACAUGAGUAAUAUACAGUAUUUUUUAAAUAAAUUUUAAGCGUAAUAAAUAUUUACCGUCGAUUAAAUAAAUUUCUUGCUGUAAGCUUCAUUUAAGAUUUAGUUCCUUAUAUAAAAAAAGCCAUUUGUCUUAGUAAAUAAACAGAAAGUAAAGAUCAAAUAAGUGGAAGAAUUGAUCAUCUUUGCUAUUCCUGUAUUUAUAUCCCGAUAGAGCAGCCUGUCCAUCAAGUGUUAUCAAGAGAUUUUGACCAUUACUUGUUUAUCCAAACAUGUAAUGGCAAAAAUCUGCAGUCAGAUCGAUAUAAGACUUUCCUUAACUUCUUGAUAACUUUAUAAAUCAAUUAUCACAAAAUUGUUUCCAUUAUGUCGUUAG